GGGGGCCCCUGGCCUUCGACCCCCCAUAUGGAGCCGUGGCGUUUUUUUUUGUCUGCGGGGGUGCCCCGCGCCGGUGCCCCCCGGGUGGUCGCGCAGCCCAGUGUCCCGCGAGCCCUGGCUCGGCCGCGCGACCCGCAGCGCCAGCGGGCGCCACGAGCCCCGCGGCCGCUGCGCCGCACGCCGGCGCCGCCGAAUGGAGCCGCUGCGCUUCGGCUCGGACGUCCCGUUCGCGGAGCCCGGGCACCUGCAGGGGCAGCGCUCGCCGUUCUACAACGAGCACCACCAGCGUUGGCGGGAGCGCUGCCGGGACUUCGUGGAGAGGGAGCUCGCGCCCUUCGCGGAGUCCUGGGACGAGGCUGGCGAUAUCCCGGUGGAGGAGCUCCGCGUGAAGGCCUAUGCCGCGGGGAUCUACGGCGCCACGUGGCCCAGAGAGUUCGGGGGCACGCCCCCGGAGGGCAGCGAGGGGCCGUGGCACGGAUCCUGGGAGGCAGUGAAGGUGGACCCCUUCUUCGACCUCAUCCUCUGGGACGAGCUGGCGCGGUGCGGGUCGGGCGGGCUGCUCGCAGGCCUCAUCGUACCGACGAAUAUCGGCCUUCCGCCUGUCCUCGUCUACGGCAGCGAGGCGCUGAAGGAGCGCUUGGCUCGGCCCUGCAUCACGGGCGAGAAGGCGUGCUGCCUGUGCGUGACCGAGCCAGGGGGUGGCUCCGACGUGGCUGCCGUCAGCACCACCGCGGUGCGCGAGGGCGACUUCUACGUCGUCAACGGUGCGAAGAAGUGGAUCACUGGGGGCAUGAAGGCAGACUUCUUCACGGUGCUGGUUCGCACCGGCGCUGCGUCAGAGGGCCGUGGGGGCGCGAGCAUGCUGGUGAUCGAGCGAGGCACGCCUGGGAUCACGACGCGGCGCAUGCAGACGCAGGGCUGGUGGGCAUCUAACACAACCUACAUAGAGUUCGACAACGUGCGAGUUCCUGCGGGCAACCUCGUCGGGCAGGAGGGACAGGGCUUCAAGUACACGAUGAUCAACUUCAACCACGAGCGUUUUGUCCUGACCGUGCAGAUGCUGCGGUUCGCGCGCAUCUGCGUCGAGGACUCGAUCGCUUUCGCGAGAAGGCGAAAGACAUUCGGCAAGAGGCUCAUAGAUCAUCAGGUCAUCCGCCACAAGGUCGCGGAGAUGGCCCGGGGGCUCGAGGGGACGCAGCGCUCGCUGGAAAACUACGCCUACCAGGUCAAGUGUGGCGUUCCCGACGCCGACCUCGGAGGCUACAUGGCGCUCGUCAAGGUCGGGGGAUCCAAGCUCAUGGAGCUCUGCGCGCGCGAGGCCAGCCAGAUCCUCGGGGGCCAGAGCUUCACCCGAGGUGGCGCCGGCAGCCGCGUGGAGCGCAUCUACCGCGAGGUACGCGUGAUGGCUAUAGGAGGUGGAAGCGAAGAGGUCAUGCUCAACUUGGCAAUGGCUCAGGCGAAACUGUGAGGCGGCAAGGCUGCGCCUGACAUUCUCGCGUGUUAGAGCUCAUGUUUCCCCAUGUUCCACGCGGUAGCCGAAGGGCACCGCAUCAGUCAGGCGAGUCAGAUACACAGUUUCUCGUUUCAUCGCUCUCGCAGGACAAAUCAGUAUGUAUCGUCGGCGUCAUUGCUUGGCCAGGCCGUCUAGGGUCUCGGGCCGCCCCGAUCCCCUGUGCAGAAGCUUCUCCCCGACUCGUUUCAGUCUUCGGCCUGGCCGAACCGCGAGACGUCCUUAGCGCCUAGCGUGGCGCUUUUCGUCUGCGAUUUCGUGGGGCGCAUUAGGUAUAGGCUGGGGGACCGUCAACUCACCAUUUCACCGAUCCUGGCCAACGGAAAUCUACGGAGCGCCGUGAACAGCGACACGAGACGCCAGCCGCCCACAGGUCUAGAUUGCAGACUGGCAUCGAACGGUGCAGUCUGGCUUAAUCCUGUUUUGUACGGCUGAGUCUGGCGUAACCCAUGGCUUACUCCAGCCUUAUUUGACUCAAUAUGUCUGCAACCAGAUAUUUUGAGACCCUCAUCGUUCCCUCGAAGACCUCCC